CAUUAAUUAUUUCACAUUUUUUAACAUUUUGUUUAUGGAAGAUUCAAUUAGACAGAAUAUUCUCUUAUUCAACAUAGUUACAUCUCAAAGACGAGGAAACUCCAUAUAUUCUUACCCUAUGUCCCAAUCAUUUCCAAACUCUCUCUCUCUCUCUCUCUCUCUCUAAUCCAUCUGAUUACCCAUUUCAUUAACUUCUUAAUUUCUCAUUCUCUCCUCUGCCUUGAAUGGUUGCCUCUCUUUCCCCAUGCACCGCACUCUUAACCAUGAUCUUGUCAUUCGAAGGUUCUGCCCUGCUCGAAUGGAGCAGGAACAAGCAGGAGACUUGGAGGAAACACUGAUGAAUCAUGAAUUUGAGCUUCUCUCUCCUGAUGAUGAUACCACCCCCACCACUCCUCACUUAGCUGCUUCUGAGGUGGACAAAUUGGUUGAUAGCUUCAUUAAUGUGGAUGAAGAAGCCAAAGAUACUGAUGAUCAUCCAUCUCCUAAGAAUAUCCCAGAUGAGAUGGAGAAGUUCUCCAUGGUGGACGAUGUUUUUGGAGAUGUUCCAAUGCUCUUAGAAGGAGAUGAUGAAUUCGAGAUGAGCACUGGCUCAUCAUUCCAAGAUUCUGUUGCAGUUCCAAGUGUGGAACUGGUGAGUCAUGGGGUAGACCAAGGUCUUCACUUGGUGCACUUGUUGCUGGCAUGUGCUGAGGCUGUGGGCUGUAGAGACACCCAAUUGGCAAACUCACUUCUUGCCCAAAUUUGGGCUUCAGUUAAUCCCUGGGGUGAUUCUUUGCAAAGAGUUUCAUAUUGCUUUGCUAUGGGUUUGAAGUCAAGAUUGUCACUUCUUCACAGUGUCAAUGUCACUGGUGCAUUCACAAAUGGUGCCAUGGAUGUGUCACUGAUCACUGGGGAGGAGAAAAUGGAAGCCUUUCAACUUCUGUACCAAACAACUCCUUAUAUUGCUUUUGGUUACAUGGCUGCAAAUGAAGCUAUAUGUCAAGCAGCAGGAGGGAAGGACUCGUUACAUGUGAUUGAUGUAGGAAUGGAUCACACCCUUCAAUGGCCUUCUUUUCUUAGAACUCUAGCAUCAAGGCCAGAGGGGCCACCUAAAGUCCGAAUCACAGGGUUAAUCAAUAAUGAGCAAAAUUUAUUAGAGCUUGAAGCUAGCAUGAUGGUGCUUGCAGAAGAUGCUAGUUCAUUGGGCAUCUCUUUCGAGUUUAACAUGAUAUCAGAGCAGAUAAGUCCAUCAAUUUUAACGCGAGGAAAUCUGAGCUUGAGAGAAGGGGAGGCAUUAUUCGUCAAUAGCAUUAUGCACUUGCACAAGUUCGUCAAAGAGAGUAGAGGCUCCCUCAAGGCCAUUCUCCAAGCAAUCAAGAAACUAAAUCCAACCUUACUCACUGUUGUGGAACAAGAUGCAAACCAUAAUGGUCCCUUUUUCCUUGGGAGAUUUCUGGAAUCUCUACACUACUAUUCAGCCAUUUUUGAUUCACUUGAGGCUAGUCUUCCACGAAAUAGCCAGCAAAGGAUGAAGAUAGAGAAGCUUCACUUUGCCGAGGAGAUCCGCAACAUUGUAGCUUAUGAAGGUUCAGAUAGGGUUGAAAGGCAUGAAAGGGCAGACCAAUGGAGAAGGCAAUUAGGCAGAGCAGGAUUUCAAGUAGUGGGGUUAAAGUGCUUGAGCCAAGCUAGAAUGAUGCUCUCUGUUUAUGGCUGUGAUGGAUAUACUCUAACCAGUGAAAAGGGUUGUCUCCUUCUUGGCUGGAAAGGGAGGCCUAUUUUGCUGGCAUCUUCAUGGCAAGUUCACAAUGCUCCUUCUUCCUGAUACUUGGAUAACAUUGUUUUGUCUUUGAAACGAUCAUUAGUUAGAAUAUAAUAAAAGUGGAUUAUCUGGUGGCCAAUGAUGAUCCCGAUGUCUUCGGUGAUAGUAAUAACACAAAUCUUGUUCUCUAGGAAUCUUUUUAAAGAGAUUCUAUUCCUAGGGCUCCAACUCUUUUCACUCUGUUUUGCUAUUGCAAAUUGCAAUAUCAUUAUAAUUUUUGUGUACCUACUAGCUUGGGUAUAAUUAAAUCCAUUAAUUUAAACCUCCCAAUGGGGGAAAAGAGUUGCUUCCUCUUUUGGAAAGAUUCAACGAAAGAAUGCAGUACUUUGUAAAAUUGCGUCAUGCUACAUUGUUUAUGUAGAAGACCCACUUCUCAGGUCAAGUCUCGCACCUAAAUUUGUUCCAAUAGCUUUCAGCUGGGACAGACAAUAUAUGAGAACUGUUAGUCUUUAAUCAUAAAUUACAGCAGCCUCUUUU